GUCGAAGUCGCUAGUCCGCCUCGAAUACAGUCUCCCCCGCAUUUGCGGGUUGGAAAUAUUAUGUAGACGGCCGGCUUUUCUGGAAGGCAGGGCCAGCUUCCGCGAGUCACGUUCCAGCCAAAGAGCACCAACGAACGCACCCAGAUCACAUCAAGAUGGCAGGCAUCGCUGAUUUUGCGACCAUGCGUUUCGUCGGUGCCUGACUUGACCGAACUCUUUCCCUCCUUCUCCUGCUGCUGCUGCUGCUGCUGCUGCUGCUGCUGCGCCCUCCCUCUCCUCCCUGACUCUGUCCGUGGAUGUAGAUGAGCACGAAUGCGAGUGGAGCUGACGUGCACGACCAAUUUGUAACCAGCGCAUUCGACAUCCUCUCGUUCACCCUGAUCGUGUACGACUACUUGCUCACGCUUGACUGGGAGGUCGCGCGGUACUGGGGCACGCCGUUCUCGUGGCCCACGUUCUUCUACUACCUGAACCGGUACUUGACUCUCCUCGGGAAUAGCUCCAUCCUGGUCGACUAUGUAUGGGGUGGGCAGCUGACUCCCGCAAAGAUUGCUGCGUACGUUAUGUCGUCGAGACGUAGAUGGUUUUCUGAUGAGAUCAUCGUCGGGAUCAUGCUCGUGCUGCGCACUUACGCCCUCUACGAACGCUCCAUCCGCGCACUCGCAGCCAUGCUUAUCUUCGCCGCCGCAGUGCUCGCCAUCGCCAUCUGGGCGACGAUAGUGACCGGACACGAACCAGGCAGCACUGCAGCUGUUCUCCGGUGCAACUUCGGCACCCCGCACAUCGCCGGGGUCUACCUGGCCAUCGCGUGGUCCUGCGUCACGGCGUUCGACGCGCUGAUAUUCGGCAUGACCGUUGCUCGCGUGCUCACGCGCCCUGUGCACAGCCGUAGGCCAGGCGCAGAUCUGUUCUCGGUCAUGUUGAGAGACGGGGCGGUUUACUUCGCAUUUAUGACGCUUAUGAAUGUUGCCAAUGUCCUCGUCCUGAUCCUCGGGAGCGAUUUCGGCCGCGAGACAGUAACGACGUUGACCAAUGCCUCAAUCUCGCCUGUGCACAGAUUUUCAUCCCUCGCGAUCACGCGGUUGAUGCUCUCCCUGCGUGACCCAGCCCGGGAACAUAUGUCCGGCGCCUCAGUUCGUCGCAGGGGGAGACCGGGGAGUCGCUAG